AUGGCGAACGUGUCAUUCCGUCAAGCAUCGGCGCACCAGAGGCGAACUCGGUUUUUCAAUUACGCCUCGUCGGAGUUCCCCGAUCUCACGAGACCACUGACGGCCCCGUCAGCUGGCGAAAGCUCGGGCAGCGAAGUGGCUCGUGGUGUGAAAACGAAUAAUUUGAUCGGCUUGAAGGCUCUUCUGUUGGACCCCGUGAAUAUACUCUGCGUCUUCACUCCGAUCGGCGUCGCAUCCAGCAUUCUGGGGUGGUCGCCUGCGUGGGUCUUCGCCACUAACUUCAUCGCCUUGAUACCUCUCGCGAAGAUUCUUGGUGAUGCUACUGAGGAGCUCGCAGUCGGGCUCCGAAAUGACACGCUGGGCGGCCUGCUUAAUGCGACAUUCGGAAACGCAGUUGAGAUGAUCCUCACAGUUCAAUCUCUGUUGAAGGGGCUCGUGACAGUUGUGAAAGGAACACUGUUGGGGUCGAUCUUGUCGAACCUGUUGUUGGUGCUGGGGAUGUCCUUUUUCUUCGGAGGAAUCGGCCAUUUGGGAAAAGAACAAGAAUUUAAAGAGACGGGUCCGAUGACGAACAUGAGCAUGUUGCUGCUAGCUUGUGCGGCUUUUGCAAUGCCAACGGUAUUCGAGGCAGGGUUCAAGCACGAAAUGGAGAAGGCGGAGUUGCAAAGCACCGUUUUGGAGAUUUCCAGAGUCGUCUCCAUUUUCUUGUUGCUCAGCUACAUCUGUUUUCUGAUCUUCCAGAUGUAUACUCAUUUGUCGAUCUUUGAAAGCGAGGGCGGCGAAAAUGAGGACGAGCCGACUAUAAACGUUCCGACGUCUUUAACAUUACUAUUAGUAUCUACUUUAUUGGUAGCGCUUAACUCGGAGUAUCUGGUGGGGUCGAUUGAAGGAGUUGUAUCGAGCUAUUCUGUAUCUUCAUCGUUCAUCGGUGUGAUAUUACUACCAAUAGUUGGCAAUGCGUGUGAACAUGCCUCGGCCAUUCGCAUGUGUAUAGUUGAUAAGCCUGAAAUCGCAAUUGGAAUCGCGGUUGGAUCGUGCACGCAAAUUGCUCUUUUCGUGGUGCCAUUCGCUGUUAUUGUGGGUUGGUGCAUGAGCAUUUCCAUGGAUCUCAAUUUCGGCAUGCUGGGUGUAGUGAUCCUGGUUUUAUCGGUGAUAAUCGCGAUGUCGAUCGUGGUGAACGGCAAGACCAACUGGCUUGAAGGUCUCAUGCUCCAACUAACUUAUAUCAUUGUUGCGGUCGUGUAUUGGUAA